AUGGCACGGCGACAGCGCGCGCUAUCCGACCCGGACAGGUGUGUGUGUGUGUGUGUGUGUGUGCACGCGUGCGUGUGUGUGUGUGUGUGUGUCUGUGUGUGUGUGUCUGUGUGUGUGUGUGUGUGUGUGUGUGUGUGUGUCAGGGAUGACCUUUUCCGUGUGGAGCUGGACAACAUGGUUGGAGACGAGAUGUUUUACAGUAAGAAAAGGACCUGGGAGUCGAACAGGAACGACAUCAAAAUCUGCAAGAUGAAGGGCAAGCAUGAGGACGAAUGUCGUAACUAUAUUAAAGUCCUGCUGAGUCGACAAGGCGGUCUGUUCGUCUGUGGCACCAACGCCUUCAACCCUCUGUGCGCAAACUACACAGCAGACAAUCUGGAGAUGAUGGGUGAGACAGUCAGUGGAAUGGCGCGAUGUCCUUACGACCCCAAACACGCCAAUGUCGCUCUGUUCGCAGGUGGAAGCCUCUUUACUGCAACAGUGACUGACUUCUUGGCAAUUGAUGCAGUGAUCUACAGGAGUUUAGGCAACACUCAGACACUGCGCACCAUCAAACACGACUCCAAAUGGUUCAGAGAACCCUACUUUGUCAGUGCUGUGGAGUGGAGAGAACACAUCUACUUCUUCUUCCGUGAGAUAGCCAUGGAGUUCAACUACCUGGAGAAGGUGGUGGUAUCACGUGUGGCGCGUGUGUGUAAGAGUGAUGUGGGCGGGUCUCAGCGUGUGUUAGAAAAACAGUGGACUUCUUUCCUAAAAGCUCGACUGAACUGCUCCAUCCCCGGAGACUCGCACUUCUACUUCAACCUGCUUCACUCCACCAGCUCGGUCCUGCAGCUCCAGGGGAGAGACGUCAUCCUGGCUGUGUUCUCUACCCCCGCCAACAGUAUUCCCGGCUCGGCGGUGUGUGUAUUUGAUAUGGAGCAGCUCUCUGUGGUGUUUGACGGCAGGUUUAAGGAGCAAAAAUCUCCUGAAUCGAUCUGGACACCGGUGGCAGAUGAGCUCAUCCCCAAACCCAGACCUGGUGGUUGUGCUCGUCAGGGCUCCAACUUUAACUCGUCCACUUUGUUCCCUGACGAGAUGCUGAGCUUUGUAAAGACUCACCCUCUGAUGGAUGAGGCCGUGCCGUCUGUGGGACAGAGACCCUGGAUCAUCAGGACCAUGGUCAGAUAUCAGCUCAAUAAGAUGGUGGUGGACACGAACGCUGGUCCUCAUGGCAACCGAACGGUCGUCUUUCUUGCUUCCAAUCGUGGCACCAUCCUCAAAUUUCUCGUCACUUAUGACGGAGACAACAUGGCAUCUAAAAGCAACGUGUUCCUGGAGGAGCUGGAGGGCUUCAACCCGGAGAAGUGUGCUUCAGACUCUCCUCAGGCCUGGCAGCUCCUGUCUCUCUCUCUGGACUCAGUCAGUCACACGCUGUUGCUGGCUUUCCCAUCCUGUGUGAUCCGAGUCCCAGUAGCUCGCUGCCAUCUCUACUCCCGCUGCAUGAAAAACUGCAUCGCCUCCAGAGACCCGUACUGCGGCUGGACUAAAGGCAGCACCUGCUCCUUCCUCCGACCAGGAACCAGGCUUCCCUUCGAGCAGGACGUGGAUCACGGGAACACCUCGCAGCUGGGCGACUGUGACGGGUUACUCCAGGAGAGUUACGUAGAGGAACCGGACGGCUUGGUGUCUGUCAACCUUCUCAUCAUGUGUGCGGUGUCUGCCUUCACCACCGGAGCGGCGCUCUCCGCCCUGAUGAUCUGCUGGCUCAUGACGUUCAAGCACCGGCGCUGCUCCAGGGGCGGGGCUUCAAGCCAGGCCGGGCGUCGCCAUGCUGACAGGGAGCAGUGUGUGCUCGGACACGGGCGUAGCAGCUCAGCAAUUAGUGUGACGAGGAUCAGUGGCGUCGAUGCACAGAUGGAGGAACUGUUCACUAACGGCUGGACAAAAUCCGGAGAAAUCCAGGAUCCCGGAUUGCCGACUCCGGAGCAAACGCCGCUGCAGCACAAACGUCCUGUUCCUGACGUCCAUGACCACGCCCAUCUCCACCAGACCGACUCGGAUUGGGAGCAGAGUCAAACAUUUAUCACACAGACGGGUCCGAAUGCCUCCAUCAUGUACCUGAGUUCUGGUUACUUACACGGCGGAGACGGAGGCCAACAGGACGAUCCGACGCUACCGAACGUUGAAAGGCAGCGCUAUCUCAUCCUUCCUCAUCCAGCCAUACAGAAAGACCAAAGCAGGCAUCAUCCGGCUCCGAAGGCACGUAAUUCUGCCGGCGAUUAUCGACCCUUGACACCUCAAGACUCACCCGAGCGCAGGAAGGUGGUAUCCGCUCCGAACCCGCACUCGGAUUACAGCAACCCGCUGCACUGGAGCCAGAACAACAUCAGCAACAACGCCAAACCCAACAGACAUCACCACAACUAUCCGAUACAGCCGCGUACCAAUGCAGCGCUGGUGCGACCCGCCGUCCUUCAUGCCACCAGGGGGCUUGGCGAGCUGCAGGACUUCAGCCAUGUUCUGGGAAGGAGAAUGGACAGCGAGAGGGACUUGAGGAGAGAAAAAGACAGGGAGUGUACGUCCAACGGACAGUAAAGAGACAGAGAAGCUCCCUCUUUCCCAGGGAGCCGUGAUUCCCAAAACCUUCCCGGAAAUCUGCCUCACUGCCGUCUAGAAAAUCCCACAGUGUUGCUUGAAGGAGACCGAGUGAGACAGAAUCCAAACCAAGCAUCGAGCUGAGCACUUGCUAGUUCCAGAGCCUCAUUCCCAAAAAACCUUAACACCCCAUCAACCCCAACCCCCCCUUUAUCACUGAGCAUGUUAUCAAGGUUCCCCACAGCCCCUCUGCAGACGACACGGAGCCACAUUUCAGGAUCUCAGAAUACUGUGAAGUGUUCACUCGAGUCUACAGCCAACAGUAGCAAGUCUCUCUGAGAGGAAACUCUUCACUUCUUGGCUAGUGUGUGUGUGUGUGUGUGUGUGUGUGUGUGUGUGUGUGUGUGUGUGUGUGUGUUUGAUAUACACAGCAUCCUGACACCAGAAGCAAGUCUAGCUCUCAGCUCAAGGACAUAAAGGACGUAAAGGCGACCGAGUCGAACACCUUUUGACGAGAAGACAGGCUCUCUAUAACGAGCCUUCGAUUCGUUUAUAUCAACAAACUUUCGAGUUUUUUUUUGUAACUAUGAUUUUCUGACAUCAUCAACACACACAGGGGGGAGGGGACGAAAAAUAUGAUCCGAUAAUAUCUUCGAUCGUAUCUCGACAGGUUUCACCUCCUCAUCCCCCGACAGCCAGCCAGCCAUCAUCAUCAUCCUCCUCCUCUGGACAAAAAAAAAAUAGUCGAAAAAAUGUUAUGUAUAAACUCUUAAAUCGUGCGACGAAUAAAACCGUAUUCAGAUUAAAAUCACGCCGCUAUCGCUAUAGCGAUAUCUGGUUUACGUUAACGUUACGUGUCUAGAGACGGCUAUCUGGUGUUUUCUGACGUAGCUAGCAGAGUCGAUUAGCAAAACCCCUUCAGGAUGGUAACUAGACUAUUUGGGAAUGGGGGUUGGGGUGGAAGUGAGGAGGGUUUUUUUUAAAAAAAAGAAUAACAUAAUAAUUACAUACCAUGUAACUAGCACGCUAGCUAAUAUUCGUUCAGUGGAAAAACGAAAAAGCGUCGUGUGAGAUUUCGGGGACACGGAGGCGCCCGUCGCUCGGCGAAAUCGGGACGUCUGCGAUCGAGAGCGUCGAACGACAAUCGUGGAACGGACAGAUAGACGAGCGGUGUCGCGUGAGCUACGAGCUCUGGGGUGGUUUAGAAGUAAUAACGACGACGACACUAAUAAUUGUGGGUGGAGUUUGUGCGUGUAAAUGUUUCGAAUGUGUGUUUGCUGCUGGAUACGAGGAACACUGAGGACUUUUGUUAGCGUCUUUCUGUCUUUCCGCCUCGCUGACUCGUCUCUCUCUCUCUCUCUCUCUAAAUCUCCGUCUUUCUAUAAAGUAUAAUGUGAUCUCUCUCUCUCUCUCUCUCUCUCUCUCUCUCUCUCUCUCUCUCUCUCUCUCUCUCUCUCUCUCUCCGUCUUGUCUCUGGGGUGCCGCUCCAGGAAGCGUCUCUGACACACUGAGUCUCUUUGUCGCGGACAGACAGACGAGGCCGUUUCGAGGCGUUAGGAGUCAGGCGGCGAGGGAAUAGCAAUGAGCGGCAGAAAGAGUUCGUCCCUCUGGGGCUCCGUCCUGAUUCCAGGGAAGGUUUUAGCGGGGCAUCAAAGGGAACAAGGGGGUAAACCGUCACCUCGUCUACUUGUGUUUCCAAGCCGAUUCUGAAAUAAAAAACAAAAGAGAGGACGGAGAGUAGAUGACAUCAUCAAGAGCCUUAACCAAUCAUUCGCGUGAAAGAUGACUUUGUUUUAUCGUGACCGAUCGUUUCACCCGCAGAAGCGCAUUUAUUCACGUUUCUUUUUGUUUGUUUGUUUACAGUAAGACGCAUUAUUAACUCAGCGCGAGUUUUCACUCAGAUCCGUUUAUUCGGCCGUAAGAACACAAACUGGGGAAAGUGUCGAGGAUUAAACGCAGCUCUGGAGACCGAAAGCAGGGAAGAAAACAUCAUUCAUUUGUUAUUUAUAAUUCUGUUCAAAUGAAGACGUUUAGCCAAUAAGCAGCUUUUACUAGUUUCGUUAGAUUAUUAGUUUACUAGUUAACUAGUAGUCGUCCCACCCCCACACCCGCCCGGAACCGAUGGCCGUUAGUCGUCAGGAUCAGAAGCGCGAGAAGGAAUCGAGAGAAAAACUCAAAUAAAAUAAAUCUUUCUUUUUUUUUAA